GUGCACACGGACUACGUGUUUAGUCUUUUUUUUGUUUUUUUUUGCGUGACGUAUUUGCAAGCCAGCGAGUCCGUUUGUAAUUCUGCCACGAUUUUUUUUUUUCUCCCGUUACGGGAAUGGUGUGGUUGAAAAAACAAACAAACACGUAUGAAAAUAAAUGCAUUUAGCAUGUAUUUGUUACCUGAAGCUGCAAAUACGGCGCGUGUAUUCCGAAAUUACGCAACAUUUUGCCAUUUAAAAUGUCGCCAAGGCCUACCAUAGGGAAACAAAUGCAAAAACAAAACUGCUAAAUUUUAUCAGAUAUUUAUUGUAGCUAUUCAAGGCGGAUAUUAGUAAUUUAUUUCGUUUGUGGAAUCUAAAUUAUCGGUUGUUUUUAAUGGUACCCGAUUGGCUAUAGUGAUUUUAAUAUAACGAUUUUAAAUUCCGUCUGCAGAAAAAAAUCCAUUUAAAAGCAUAAAAAAAAAAAGAUUAAAUGUAUAGCAAAAUACAAAUAGUUAAGCUAACAUCAGGACAUUCCAUUUGAUUUUAUGCCGUUAAUUCGAUUAAUGUCUUGUCUCGUGCUGAGUUCCAUGAAUCGAAUUGUUUUGUCCCUUUACUAAAAUACCCGCGGUUACAAAUAUUCACUUCAAAUAGCAAUUUCCCCUGCGGGAUUUCUAUUCAAUAAAAUAUUAAUAGCCAAUAAAGAAUACUCAUAUUCGUUGUGCGCUUGAGGCGCUAUUUGGACGCAUGUGGACUCGAACUUCUGUCAGUCAGCACAUGACACGACGUAGAUGAUUUCAUCUUUUGCUAUUGUAUAGAAGGAGGUUCCUGGAUCACAUUUGUGCGUGCCCGUGCAAAGCCGCGUUUUAGCGCAUGUUAAUGAGGUUCCUCGAGCUCCAGUGACAGUUUGCGGCUGAAGGCCAAUCAGAGGGAGAGAGAGUUUGCAAGACACAAGACAAGCAGUGUGUUGAAGCUGCACGCAGGAGGUGUUUGACGAGCAUUGUCAGCUGGAAAGAUUUGUUUUUUUCUCCACAAACUUGGCUUUUAUUGGAUUUUGGAGGGGGGGGGGCGGUGUGGACGCACUUGGAUCUUUUCGUUAUUUUCGUCUGGAUUUUGUACAUGUUCUCCUCCUCAGAACUCAUGAAACCAUCUUUUCUCCCGUGUGGACGCUCUAAUGAUGUCUAUGGCUCUCAUGCCUGACACCCUCAAUGGCCCCGACCCGUCCAAAUCGGCUUUUCUCGAGUUCGGACACGCGCAUCCGGCUCACCAGCAGCGCUCCGCGGGGCUUGCUCACAUUUACCCCGUGCACGGCUUCCACGCUGCUGGCAAUUCGCAGCACGACGGCUCGUUCCCGGCCAGCGCGUCUUAUGGCCGCUCUUUGGGUUACGCCUACCCCGGCGCUUCGAAUUCUCACCCCCAGUCUGCAUACAUGUCCUACCAGCACAACAAUAAUAGCAGCUCCAGCAGCAGCAGUUUGAGCCUGCAUGGACGAUUAGAGCACGCAGAUCACGACAAGUCCCCCGCGCUGGAAAGCCGGGACAUGCGUUUAAAUGGCAAAGGGAAGAAGAUCCGCAAGCCCCGCACCAUCUACUCCAGUCUGCAGUUGCAAGCUCUGCACCAGCGCUUCCAGCAAACCCAGUACCUGGCCCUGCCUGAGCGUGCAGACCUGGCGGCCAAACUGGGACUCACUCAGACUCAGGUGAAAAUCUGGUUUCAGAACAAACGCUCCAAGUACAAAAAAAUCAUGAAGCACGGGAGCGGGGCAGAUGGCGAGCAUUUGAGCAGCACCAGCUCACCCUCGCCUUGCUCGCCUCACGGGAUGCCGCAACUUUGGGACGUGUCCAUGCAGGCCAAUAAAGCAGGAGUCCCCGUGUACCCCAACAACUACAUGAACAAUUUGGGCCACUGGUACCCCGGCCAACAUCCUCACCAGGAGGCCAUGUCCAGACAUCAGAUGAUGUGAGGGAGGAUUGUUGGAUUGUGCGAGUCUGGCUGGAUUACGCGCUAAUUUUGCGCAUCAUUUGACGAAACAUUUCAAAGACACCAAAGAGGACCUGGAUGAAUGCGUUGUGAACUGGUCACACGCAUGAUUAUUAACAGAGGCAUUCUCCAUUGAACACAUUCUCUGAGUAUUAAGCUAACAAACAGAUGUUAGAUGAGCCUUGUUGUGACUUUGCAAUUAUAGCCGAGAUGCCUCCUUGAAAUACGCCAAAUGUCUCACCGGCUUCGACAGCAAGCGGACAUUGGAAUGGAAGCCAAGAAAUCCGUGUGAACUGCAAAUAAAACACUGUCUCUGUUCUGUUUUGUAUUGAACACAUAAAGAUGAAUUAACUGCUGCUAUGACCUUG